UGCAGGGGACAAGAGGAGCUGACAGAUCACUGCAGAAAAGAAGCACAAAUGAUGGCAUGGUGGAGGUGUAUAGUGUGACAGUGGACUGCACUGUGGCGUCUCGUUUCGCUCACACUGUCAUGACCUCAAAGGCUCUGAACAAAGCAAGCUCCUCACAGGAAAUCUUCUUCGAAGUGGAGCUUCCAAAGACCGCCUUCAUCACCAACUUCAGCAUGGAAAUUGAUGGUCAGGAGUAUGUUGGAGAGGUGAAAGAGAAAGAGAAAGCCAAGAAACAGUAUGAGAAGGCUGUUUCCUCAGGACAGACUGCUGGACUGGUCAAGGUGUCUGGAAGAAAGAUGGAGAAGUUUUCAGUGUCUGUCAACAUUGCAGCUGAAAGUAACGUAACUUUCAUUCUGACCUAUGAGGAGCUCCUUCAGAGGAAACUGGGCCAGUAUGAGAUUCUGACCCGAGUUAAACCCAAACAACCGGUCCAGGAGUUUCAGAUUGUGACAAACAUUUAUGAGCCUCAAGGCAUUUCUUAUGUUGAUGCUCAAGCAACCUUCCUCUCCAAUGAGCUGCUCCCCCUAGUGGAGAAAACUGUCACAGACAAAAAGGCUCACAUCUCUUUUUCACCAACUAUGGACCAGCAGAGGAAGUGUCCAGGUUGUGAUGAGACACUGAUCGAUGGAGAUUUUAUCAUCAAGUAUGAUGUGAACCGUGCAAAGAGCCUCGGGGACAUUCAGAUUGUGAACGGAUACUUUGUGCACUUCUUUGCUCCACCUGACCUACCCAGAGUCCCAAAGAACGUGGUGUUUGUGAUCGACAGGAGCACCUCAAUGAGGGGAACAAAGAUCCAGCAGACCCGAGAGGCAAUGCUGGCCAUCAUCGAAGACCUCGAUGAGGAGGACUACUUUGCCCUCAUCCAGUUUGAUAGCAUUAUUGAUCCUUGGAAGGAAUCACUAACCAAAGCAACCAAGGAAAAUGUGGCUGAAGCCAUGGCCCACAUUGGAAAGUUAUCAGCCAGGGGAGCAACUAAUAUCAAUGAUGCUGUGUUGCGAGGUGUGAACAUGCUGGUGAAAGACAGACAGGAGAACAAGCUCCCAGAGGGGAGUAUCGACAUGAUUAUUUUACUGACUGAUGGAAUGCCAAAUACCGGCGAGUCGAACGUCCCAAGGAUUCAGGAGAAUGUGCGCUCGGCUAUUGGAGGGAACAUGUCUCUGUUCUGUCUUGGAUUCGGAAACGAUGUGGAUUAUUCCUUCCUGGAUGUGAUGAGCAAACAAAACAAGGGACUGGCCCGCAGAAUCUAUGAGGCCUCAGAUGCAACCCUUCAACUCCAGGGUUUCUAUGAGGAGGUGUCCAGCCCUCUGCUUUUAGAUGUGGACCUACGUUACCCCGACAACGCAGUGGACUUCGUGACCACCAACCACUUCAGCCAGUUGUUUAACGGCACAGAGAUCGUGGUGGCUGGUCGGCUGAUGGACAACGACCUGGACAACUUCCUGGUGGAAGUGUUCGCCCAGGGGUUUGAGGAGGACUUCCAGGUGCAGGGCCAGGCCAGUGCUGUAGAGUGGGAUGUGAUUUACCCAGAGGAGGAGUACGUCUUUGGGGAUUUCACAGAGCGUCUGUGGGCCUACCUCACCAUCCAGCAGUUACUGGAGAAGAGCAAGAUUGGCACCCCUGACGAGAAAGCCAAUGCCACAGCCAAGGCCCUGGACAUGUCCCUGCAGUAUAGCUUUGUCACCCCUCUCACCUCCAUGGUGGUCACCAAGCCUGAAACUGAGGAUGGAACAGACAGCCCUCUCAUUGCUGAUAAACUGACUGAGGACCAAAGACUACAGGCAGACAGAGUAGCACAUCGCUUUGUAAGCCCCCCUUUGUACUCAUAUGCUGCCCGACCCACAUAUUUUGUGGAUGGAGAUCCUCAUUUCAUGAUAGAGCUGCCAGACAGAGAUGACGCUCUGUGCUUCAACAUCAACGACAAACCAGGAACCAUUUUCAACCUGGUCAAAGACCCAACGUCAGGUAUUUUAGUGAAUGGCCAGAUCAUCGGAGACAAGAAAAUCCCGCCCGAUGGUAAAAUCAACACCUACUUUUGGCGUUUUGGCAUCACCCACCAGAAGCUGGGGGUGAGACUGGAGGUGAGCACUCAGGACAUCUUGGUGUUUCAGGACGGCAAACGGGUCAAGCUGCUGUGGUCUGAUACAGCCUCCCUCAAAGGAGCCAAUGUGGAUCUUCUCGUGACCAAGGACCGUAGCCUAACGAUAACCCUAAGAGAUUCUGUCAAGUUUGUGAUCCUGCUACACAAAGUGUGGAAGAAGCACCCGUACCACCGGGACUACUUGGGUUUCUACACAGUGGACAGCCACCUCCUGUCUCCCUCUGUUCAUGGUCUGCUAGGUCAGUUUUACAGCGGGAUUGAAUAUGAGGUCACAGACCUGCGUCCAGGUGACGUCCCAGAGAAACCAGACGCCACCAUGUAUGUGAAAGGACAGCAGCUCAAUGUGACCAGAGGCUGGCAGAGAGACUUCAGGAGAGAUGUGAAGAACGGAGAAAAUGUUCCCUGCUGGUUCAUUCACAGUAAUGGAACAGGCCUCAUCGACGGAGAUGUUUCAGACUACAUUGUGUCAGGCCUUUUCAAAAGAGUUUAAAAGCAGUUUGCAGACAGUCUUAUCACUGUUGUUCCUGUAAAUCAGCACCCAAAUUUAUACAAUAAAACACGUACAUAAAAUAAAAUCUGCCUGCACUCUUAACACUCUAUUGUUUCAGUAUAUAUUGUGCUUACAUGGUGCAUUUUGCCAAAUAAAUUUAAAUCAAGUUACCACAAACGAAUUUCUCAUCAGCAACCAAUACAUAACAAUACAUAGCAAGUGUGAGAAAUGCAGAGUCAGCUGGGGCCCACAAGGCAUUUUUGCUUUCGGGCCACUUGCAUUAAUCCAGCCCUGGCAGAUGAUGGUUAAAGUAUUAACAUUAAAAUGAAAAACAAGCAACCUGAUUAACAACAGAACUCCAAUAGCCUACCUCUCUGUGAUGACAUGAGCACUAACAAUAGUACCUGAAUGUAUCACUAAGACACCACACUGUAGACCCAUGGGUACAUUAUCAAGUUAGAAAAAUACAGAGAGACAAAAUGAUUGGUUCAUUUUUGCCAAAUACAGUGUCACAUGAUGAAAAUGACUCAUCAAAUGGAGAGCAGAGUGCAGUGCAGCUUUUCCAAGUAAAUAAUACUGUUUGUUCACCGGGUUCAGAGUGGGUGCAAAACAUAUAUGCUUGUUAACAUAUUUUCUGAAAAUACUUUAACUUAAAAAAACCUACAAGAGAGUCUCUGUGAUUUUCUUGCUGUACUCCACUGUUUGCUCUCCAGCAAAUGAGAGAUUUCAUAAACACACAUGUUAAGUGAAGCAGCACCGGCUGUUUAGUGAGAGGGUCCAGCAAAGAAGGAGGAAAGCACUUGAAUGAAGCAAGU